GCAUGUGAACAGGACAUGCCUAACAAUGGAGAGCUCUUACACAUAUCUUGGACUUAUCCUGCUCGUGGCUGUUCUUCUUCAGACUGCUGCUGUGGCCGUCAGCUUUCUGUACUUCAACCAUGCUGUCAAUACGGUAAAACAAGCUUUUUCAACAAGUAGCACUUCUUGUCUGAUGGGAAUGCAAAUGAAAUUUGACACAGAGGAAAGAAAGCAUGACCCCUGCUGGCAGAUAAUCCAACAGCUACAGCUCCGUAUUGAAAAGACUGUGUCACAUUUGUUUAAGAGCAAAAUCAACUCUGCUGCAAGAGGUAACUUUGAGUGGAUGCCCUCUACAGCAGAAGAGUAUCAUAAACUUAGUCAUCAUCCAGGCAUUGCAGCCCACUUGACAGCCACGUUUUGGACAAAAGAGGAGAGAGAAGCAGGGCGUCCGCCCAGCAGCAACACCAAAGUCCAGGGCCAAAAGAUUGAGGCCUGGGAGUCUCAGAGAGGCCUCGCCUUCCAGAACAAUCUGGACGUGAGGAAUGGGGAGUUGAUCUUCCCCCAGCCGGGACUCUACUACAUCUACUCCCAGACCUACUUCAGACUCUCCCUUCAAGAGCUGGGAAAAACAGAGGAGGAGGAGACGGGGAGCGGGCUGGUGCUGCAGUACAUCUACAAAAGGAUGAGCUCUUAUCCCGUGCCUUUACUCUUAAUGAAGAACGCCAGGACCACCUGCUGGUCCAGGGACCAGGACUACGGCCUCUACUCCAUCUAUCAGGCGGGAGUCAUCCCGUUAAGUGCUGGGGACCGAGUGUUUGUGGCGGUCAGCAAUGCCAGCAGCUUAGACAUGGAUGAGAGAUCCAGCUACUUUGGAGCCUUUUUGGUGACUUGAUGAGGACAGUAGAGACUGCUCUAACACAGUGGCAGCUCUUUUUUAAUUGGAGGAUUUCACUUGUUGUUCAAACUGCUGACGGAUGGUGUUUGUAUGGAGAUGCAAAUGUCUACAAAGCCAAAACGGUCAAAAGGAAGUGAUUAACCCAGGAUUUCAUGGGCACAUAUCAGAACCAGACGGACACCCCCCAUGUUUUGCACACACUGUUACUGAGUUACACAAAGACACGAUUAUUAUUAUGGAAAUUAAAUCUAACAAGUCUCCAGUUACUGUAACUACUGCAACUGUGCAAUGACAUGCUGUGUUAAGCAUACAUGUAUGACAUAUCUACUGUGUAUGGCCUUGACAUGCAAAAAAAUGUGCAAGACCACUUGUGAAAUUUUGCAUUUUCAACGAAUGCAUUAAGGCAGUAGACAUCGGUAUUCUGCAGACUAUGCACUGAAAGCAGGGUGAACACCCCCCCACC